AUGACCGGUAAACCUCUGAAAGAAGCACAGGGUGAAGUCCUGUAUUCUGCCUCAUUUCUGGAAUGGUUUGCAGAAGAAGCUCGCCGAGUUUAUGGUGAUGUCAUUCCAGCAUCUGCAAAAGACAGAAGAAUCCUGGUGCUGAAACAGCCAGUAGGAGUGGCAGCUAUUAUAACCCCAUGGAAUUUCCCCAGCGCUAUGAUUACCCGGAAGGUUGGUGCAGCUCUGGCAGCUGGCUGUACAGUAGUAGUGAAACCUGCAGAGGACACACCUCUAUCAGCAUUAGCUCUUGGAGAGCUUGCAAACCAGGCUGGAAUUCCAGCAGGAGUGUAUAAUGUUGUUCCUUGUUCCAGACAGCAGGCACCAGCUGUAGGGGAGGUGUUGUGCACUGAUCCUUUGGUAGCCAAAAUAUCUUUUACUGGCUCCACUGCAACAGGAAAGAUACUGCUGAAACAUGCAGCUGGCACUGUGAAGCGAGUUUCCAUGGAGCUUGGAGGGCAUGCUCCUUUUAUAGUGUUUGAUAGUGCCAAUGUGGACCGUGCUGUUGCAGGAGCCCUUGCUUCUAAAUAUAGAAACUCAGGGCAGACCUGUGUUUGCACAAACCGUUUCCUGGUGCAAAAGGGGAUCCAUGACAAAUUUGUGGAGAAGUUUGCUAAAGCCAUAGAGAGCGAGCUACGUGUUGGAAAUGGAUUUGAUGCAAAAACUACGCAGGGGCCGUUAAUUAAUGAAAAAGCAGUGGAGAAGGUAGAGAGACACAUUAGUGAUGCAGUUUCUCAAGGAGCAUCCAUUGUGACUGGAGGGAAACGACACAGCUUGGGGAAGAACUUCUUUGAGCCAACGUUACUUAGUAACGUUACAACAAAAAUGCUUUGCACCCAAGAAGAAACAUUUGGUCCUUUAGCACCAGUUAUCAAGUUUGAGACUGAGGAAGAAGCUAUUGCUAUAGCAAAUGCAUCCAACGUGGGUUUAGCAGGAUAUUUCUACUCCCAAGAUCCAGCUCAGAUCUGGAGAGUUGCAGAGCAGCUGGAGGUUGGAAUGGUUGGUGUCAAUGAAGGCAUAGUCUCCUCAGUGGAGAGUCCUUUUGGUGGAGUAAAACAGUCUGGCUUAGGACGAGAGGGUUCAAAAUAUGGCAUUGAUGAAUACCUAGAAAUAAAAUAUGUCUGCUUUGGCGGCUUAUAAAUUUUUUCAAAAAGCACAAUUCCCAAAAGUUUGGAAAAUAGUGCUGUAGUUUUAAUAAGUUUGUAGAGCCAGGAAUAUGUAUGAAUGCAACUUUUCUGUUCGGUAAAAAUAAGUAAUCCUGUUGUGUGAGUAUGCAUAGAGAUGUUUGUUUACUACAUUCUGUGCUGCCGUAUAUUUUUACAUGUCCUCUGUUUAUCCAUUCAGUUUUUCAAUAAUACGAUCACAAUGCCCAUUAUGUUCUAUAAGGAGCUGGGAAGAAUACAUAUGUAUUAUUUUUAGAUUACCCCUGUGUAAGUGGGAAUGACCUGGAGACUUGUGCAUAAUGAAAACAGAUCAUCCUAAGUCAUGUAAAGGAAGAAAAUAGACUACCUUUUUCUGCUAUAACGUUUGAGUGUAUGUGUAGGACAUGAUAAAUGUUGGGGAGGGUAGUCUUCCUUGAGAGUUUGGUGCAAAUAAUGACAUUUUUUAGUCUGCAUUUUCUAGCCUGUUUCUCUAGAAGCAGGGUUUUUUUUUUUUUCAAAAAUUGUGAGAGAUUCUGAUGUUCAUGCUUUUAGCUACAGCUAGACAGUUGCAGGCAAAGGCUUAGCUUUGUCAAUACCUGGUAAAGCUAACUGCAGAGCUGUUCAGCUUUGGGCUUCUCAGCAAAGAGCUCAAACAGCUUGGAAGUUUGGGAUCAAAUAGGAUCUUGUUUGGUACAUAUGUGAGCUGCAGCACUCCCAGGAGAAGGACAGUGCAGUACAGUUACUGCCUUAGCAAGCAGCAGGAAGAAGAGAGGAUGCUUAUUUGCAGACUACAAGAAGGUAUGAGGGACUACCUGGUAAGUCCCAAGUGUGGUGACAUAAUGAUACACAUCAGUUCCCUUCUGUGAAGUGAAGGUGACUGUUCCUGGGUAGAAGGAAAGUCAGUGAUGCAAAUGUUGCUCUAUAUCUGAAGAAUGUUACUCUCCACCUCCAAAGAACAUAAGCAGAUGGUUUGGUUCCUCGGGGCUUUAUGCCUUGAAUUGGGUUAACUCUUGUAGAGGAAAACAUCCAUUACAAAGGAAGGUUUAAAAACCUUUAAAUGUGGCUACUUUGUGGGCUAAUCAAGAUGUGAAUAGAAGUGAUUAGAGGUGAGAUUUUUGUACCUCACCCCAUUAUUUUAACUGUCCUCUUUAAAAGAGGACAAAGUUUCCUUAAUGUAAAAUAAGGAAAUAAUGCUUAAACAUUAUUUCAGUAGAAGCAAAAAGAAGCACUUUAAGAAAAAAAGUGUGCAAUGUAAUUUGGUAAAUAAACCAGCAUUGCAAGGGGAAAGGGGAAGACAUUUUAUCUCCUGUGUUGGUUAAUUUCUAUUUAACCAAUUAUUUAAUAAAUAAAAGAAGGCAGGAAAGCCUCUACACUAAUGAAUGUACCCUAUGCAGUAAGACAGGCAAAAGAUAGUAGAUAGGCAAAAAAUAGUAGUUAGGCAAAAAGGUACCACAUAACAUAAGAUAACUUGGGGGGGGGGGCAGUGAAGGGGAAGAGCAAGCCAGAGUAGAAUGUCACAGGGUUUUUUUUAAAAAGCGCACAUAAGGUAGCAUUGACUGCUAACCAUAAAAAAUAUUUAGAAAUGAGUAUGUUUGUGCAACACUUAGACAUUUUACUGACAAAGACAGUCUCAUGUGCAUCAUGCCAACUAAAGGGCAGGUAAAGGACACUUAACCGUUCUUCCAGAAAUUCUUAAUGCUAUUAUCAGCUGCAGCACAUGCUUGUUGUCAGGAACAAAAAAAAAAAAGUGGUCUAUUUCUGUACUAGCUACAAGAAGUUUUUUUCUAGCCACCUUCAAAACUUACAUUACUUGCACCUACAGGCUGCAAGAUUGGGGGAAUAUGAUGCCAUUUGGCAGCUUUGGCUGCUAAUAGUUGGUUAGUUCUUACUGGAAAGAAAAGGGAGACAAAAAAAAGUUGCAAGUCAGUGGCUGGGUACCACAGUGCAGCGAUGCAGACACCUGUGUAGACUGGUGGAAUAUCUACAACUUAAAUUGCACAGACUACAAUAUUAAAGUUACCUCUAACUGCUGUAGCCCAGUGCAGUCUUUAACAUAGGUGUACCUCUUGGGACAGUGUGGUUGGAGGAUAAGUACUUUAGCCUUCCCCUUCAUUCAUUGCAAAACUAGCAAUCUGAUGCAUUGGUGCAUUUAUAAUAUUGCUGUCUCUUCUGAGAAUAGCACUGCUAAAAUUAAAUGUUUACCUUUCUCCAGCAUAAAAGACCUGUUACUGUACCUGAUAACAAGCACAAACCAUAAUUAUUAAUAGCAUAUGUAAUAAACUUUAAAAUAUCUUUGUUUAGACUGGAUUAUGGUUGGAUUCCAGCAUAGCAUCCUUGUGUAGGAAUGGUCUAUAUCAGUAAGCAGAGAAUAAUCUUAAAUUGUAUUCAUAGCAAAAGCUGUGAUUCUUUAACAAAGGAUAUACUUGAAUUCUUAAACUUCAUUUAUGUUAAGAUUAUAUUUGUCAAGUUCACAAUUUGUGGAUAUUAAACUGUGAUUGAAAAACAUGUCAGUUAAUAAAUAACUUCUGUGAAAGCACUA